GACAAAAUGAGUGACGGUUUUCAGCUUCACGAUUUGUUUUUUCGCUCGGCGAAAAACUUCCCUGAAUAUACAGCUGUAACAUUUUCUGGGGAAACAAUCGAAACAGUAACGUAUCGUGAACUCAGCGAGAGUGUUGAAAAUUUCAGUAGGUGUUUUAAAAAGAUCAUUUCAAAGAAUGAAGUCGUCGGAAUAUAUUGUCAUGAUUGUUUAAUCAUGCCCGCUCUUCUGGUGGCGCUAAUGGACGCAUCUGCCGCGUUUUUUCCUAUAUCAACUCAACUUCAACCUCUACAUGUUUUAAAAAGUUUAAGCGAUCGGUCAAUACGAUAUGUUUUGGUAGAGAACUCUUUACUUCAAGUUAUCUUAAAUCUGUGCAAACGAGAUAACACAGUAGGGAUUACACUGGAUUUUUUGGAAAGUGAUUUAAAAAACUUGUUACAAAAAGUUCAGUUCACCAUGCUAAAAGUGACCGACAAAAAUAAACCAUGUGUAGUAAAUUGGUCUAAACACCUUGCCUAUGUCAUGCAAACAUCUGGUACAACAGGUCACCCAAAAGCAGUAUUUGUGCCCCACUCAUGCAUUGUUCCGAAUAUAUUACACUUUAGCUCCAUAUUCGGUGUGACAUCCCAUGAUGUUGUUUAUCUGGCAUCACCCUAUACAUUUGACCCUUCGAUAGUACAAAUGUUCCUGGCAUUCAAUAACGGUGCCGAAUUGCUCAUUACCUCGGAGGAAAAAAAGCUAAUCCCUGAAAUAUUGUGUCAGACACUAUUUGAUCGUCAUCGGGUUACAGUUUUCCAGCCAACGCCAUCGCUACUCUAUUACAUCGGCGAAGAACUUGUCAGUUCAAAGUUGCUUUCGAAAAGCUCAACUCUUUCGGUCCUAGCUAUUGGAGGUGAGCCGUGUCCAUCUUUGUCAGAUUUGAGGAAGUGGAAACAUCCUGAAUGCAAAACAAGAUUGUUUAAUAUCUAUGGAAUCACGGAGGUCUCGAGCUGGGCAACGUACCAUCACAUUACUGACGAUGAACUUAGUGUAAAUGGCGAUGACGAUCAGAUUGGAUUAUCUAAUGUGUGCAAACUUGGAAAUCCUCUAUCACGGACCAAACUUGUGGUGUAUGACGAUAAUGGAGGUCUUGUCAAUGAAAAUGGUGUUGGUCACUUGUGGAUAGGUGGGAACGAUCGACAGUGUUUGCUGGAAUGCGAAGCAGAAGAAAACGUACCAGUCAUGAGGGAUAGUGGUGACAUUGUUCAAAUGAAGGAUAGCCAUAUGUGGUAUAUGGGACGUUCUAAUAACCAAAUCAAACGGUUUGGCCAGAAAAUUAAUUUAGAUUACAUCGAAAGAAUCAUUCGAGAAUACACAGAAGUUACUGCAUGUACACUUGUACUGGAGCCUGUCUCUACCCUCGGCACGCUUUUGCAUCUAUUUGUCGUCCCAAAGUUAUUCGAGAAAAGAACCUCGGAAGAGUUGGAGAAGUACAAGUUUGCAUUGUUAGAACGGAUUGGAGAAUUAUUACCAAAGGUAUCUCAACCUGAUCAUGUCCAUCUGGUUAGGAAAUUUCCCCUUACCAGCCAUGGAAAAGUUGACAAACGAGAGAUUUUACGACGUACCACAGAAUGUAAUCUACAGGGUAAAAAGAACCUGUCUGUGGUUGCAGUACUCUCUGAACUAUGGCUGAGCACCAUCGAUCACAACCUAGGCGGACGUUCAUUAGAUGAAGCAAACAAUUCGGCACAAGGGGAGAACGUUUUGACGAAGCCCUUGAGCCGUCCAUAUGUAGAACCAGGUGAUAUGUUUAUGCUCCAAGGUGGUAAUUCAUUGCUCGCUGUACAGCUUGCUGGACGAAUAGAAAAUUGGAUGCAUAACCACUGUAGUCACCCUGUUGAUUUAUCGAAAUUGUUCGAAACAAUCACGAACAAAAAUUUUGGAUUCCUUGUUAACUAUUUACAGACAGUGCUACAAUCUAGUGGCUUAGAAAAUUCUCAACCCAUUGCUGACGGGAAGCGUUCGCUGAAAGAAGACUUGCGACCCACCGCAAAGAUGUUGAAACGCGACUUGGACUUAACUAAUUCGGACAAGGCAACUUGUGCUUGUUUUGUGAAACGUGGCUCAGACGUCUUUGCAUGUGCACUCUGUGACACUCAUUCAGGGUGUUUUGUUUCUCUUCCUAAAACCACAUCUUUAUCUGCUGUUCAUGGAAUGACUAUGAAAUGGAGUGUUUAUCUGGAGAAAUGUGUUGAUGCAUCACCCCUUGUUGUGCCUUCUUGCCUUACUGGUGAAGGUACUGUGUUCAUUGGCUCGCACUCACAUCUUUUCCUGUCCGUGAUCCUCUCAAACGGGGAGGUUUUGUGGAGAACUCGUCUCGGAGAUAGGAUCGAAUCUUCAGGUUGCUUGUCUCUUUGUGGACAGCUUGUUGUUGUUGGCUGUUACGAUGGCAAGGUAUAUGCAUUAGCGAGAAACAAUGGGAAGAUAAUGUGGACAUAUCAAACGCACGAUGUUGUGAAAUCGUCGCCAUGCGUUGAUCUUAAAACUGGAUUAAUUUGGGUCGGUUCCCAUGAUGGACAUCUCUAUGGACUAGACGUAGAUCGUAAGAAAUGCCACAUGCGAGUGAAUUGCAGGGAAGGCUCCUGUUUUAGUUCCCCGGUUAUAUCCUAUCAUCCUCAUCAUGUCUACGUGGGGACACUCGCCGGUUAUUUCCUAUGCAUAGAUGCAGUUUCUGGUGACAUCAAGUGGCUUAAAAGGUUCAAAAAACCUAUAUUUUCCUCACUUUUGAUACAAGAGAAUAAGAUUUUCGUCGCAACCGUAAAUGGUUGUCUUAGAUGUUUAAAUCACGAUGGAGUCGACGUUUGGGAAUUCAACAUUGAUGCCUCGAUAUUCAGUUCACCACUUGGUAGUCGCAGACAGGAGAUUGAUUCAGUGAAUCACGAUGAUGUUAUUUUUGCUUCACAUGGCCAAAAGGUUUAUUGUAUUUCAUCCGAGGGUAAACGUAAAUGGUCAACUUCUGUCGACGGUCCUGUUUAUGCAACACCAUGCUUUACCUUUUAUAACUACGAUUCAAUUCUGCAGAAAAGCUCUUCGCCCGCUGCCUGUGUCCAUCACAAUAAUUGUGUGAUUGUUGUUACAACAAAAGGCACAGUCUACUUGAUGGCUGCUAGUGAUGGGAGAAUAUUUAACACGUUUACUCUCCCUGGCGAGAUAUUCUCGUCCCCUGUGAUAGUCGGUCGCGAUAUUGUGAUUGGUUGCAGAAAUGAUUAUUUGUACUGUCUAAAGGUAACCUGAUACUAAAGAAUAAGCACAACCUGGAAAACCAUGCAUACCUGAUCAAGACGUUAGUAUGCGUGCAAAGUGAAACUUGUUUCAUUGACAGAGGCUCGGGUUUUUUCCCCAUCAAUAAAAUCCUUCAAAGCCAUGAACUGUGUUUGUAGACAUGCGCAUGCAGUAUAUUUCAAAACUUCGAAAGAUUUAUUAAAUGUCUAACUAAACCAUAUCUUAUUACUUCCAUAUAUAUGUCACAAAUGUAGCUGAAGUAUUUAUUGUCUGUUGAAUAAUAUAUCAAUGUACCAAAGCUAUAGCACUAAAUAGAGAUUUUUAUCACCUGAUGGUAAAAUAUUUUCCUGAGGGGUGUAAUAUCUAAAAGGAUGUACGAGAGCUA